AUGGCCGACGAUGACCGCAACACAGCGUAUCGAUCGUCUCCACCCUCUCAGUGGGGUCACACUCCACACAUCUAUCCGCAUUCUCAUCACGGGACACCAGCCCAGGAGUAUACGGGCUUCAGCUUCACGUCGCCUUCUAUGCCCAUGGAGCCGAGCGCAUUCAGCAGCAGCAUACAGUCAAGGCCGAUGCAUCAACAGCUGCAACCUUUGGUUAUGCCGCAAUGGCCGUCGAUGUUGAGCAGUCAGGCACACUCCAGCUACCAACCGAUGUUCCCACAAUCGGUACAGCCUAUUCAGCCCAUGGCGAUCGGUCCUCUGCACACACCCGUGUCUGCAACGUCAACAAGGUCAACGUCGACACCUCGAAAGACGCUAACAGACAUGGACCGGAAGCGCAUGUGCCAGUACGCGGAAGAGCAUCCUAAUGCUAAGCAGACUGAGAUCGGAGCAAUUUUUGGGGUGGAGCGGAGCACGGUUUCAAAGGUGCUACGACAGAAGGAAAGAUACUUAUUCCAGGAUGACGGCAGUCGUUCACCAAUCAAGCGUACAAAAGGCCGCUCACCAGACAUAGAGCGUGCUCUUGCUGUUUGGGCCAAGAAUCAGGAGAGAAGAGGACUUCCUCUGACCGACGAGCUGAUCCGUGACAAGGCGCGUGCUUUCUCGGCAACAACCACAACAACAGAGAACCAUGUAACCCUGAGCUCUAGCUGGAUCGAAAAGUUCAAGCUCAAGAACAAUCUGAUGGGCGCGAGAUCGAGGAAAGCAUCGUUGGCAGCUGAUGAAGACAGUGCCUCUGCAGCUGCUUCGUCGUCUCACACGCCUGGCGACGCCUCCCCAGUGUCACCCUCAGGAAUUAGAUCUCCGUCUCCGCUGCAACUUCAUCAUGCUCAGAGCCAAGACAGUCUCCAGAAUGAGAGUUCGGACAGCUACCUUGAAUUCGGAAGCAGACACGGCCCGUUCCACUCACAAAGCACAACUUCACUCAACAGUGCCUUCACAGACACUGCCCCUUCUUCGUUCUCACCGGGCCCGUUAAGUCCAACUUCGCCCCUUUUCACACCAGAUUCAGGGACCGCGCCUUCACCUUUUGUGGCCCCUCCUACUGCAAGACCUAUCUUGCCAGCCACAACGAUCGUCAACACGCAUCGACCUCGGAGCCAGACAUUUCCACUCCUGGAUCAGUACAUGUCAUCAUCUGCAGAGUCGCUAACGCCGAAAUACGGCACCAGCACCGCUCUGGACUCACCCAUGGAAGAAUCUCAGGAUCCACUUGGGAGCAUCGAUGAAGCUGUGCACGUGAGCGAUCCACAUGAGAGACCACCUACAGUCACACCUUCAGACACGAUGCGCCCUCCACCAUUACCGGCACAUAUUAUACAGCAAGACUCGAAACGAGAAAACACCCCCUUAUACCCGGCGACCACGCCAGAUGAAGCCCGAAGAGCAUUGGAGGUGGUGCUCGGUUUCUUCGAACAGCAACCGCACGGUUUCCUGGACCUGCAGGAGAGCGUCACCAUCGGAAAAUUGAUGGAGAAACUGAAGCUGCAAUCUCGAGGCGGCGCUUGA